CCGAAGCUUGUUGUUUUUAUCCCCUUGCGACCGAACACAAACUUCGCAUCUACCACUCGGGGCUUCGAGGUCCAGGACAUUGGACAUGUCAUGGCGCUAUUUUCGAAACGUUUGACCUGUUUUUAUUGCGGUCGACGGGCUGCCCAACCCUUUGAUGGGUCUAUCCGCAAAUUCCGUUGCCGUCAUUGCGAGGCUGAUAAUUAUCUGGACCAGAAUGGAGAUAUAACAGACCCUCCAGCGGAAGAUAUCAACCGCUUCAGCAGCGAUGGAUCCAUCUCUAGUCCUCAUGUGGAAUCGACCGAGUUCGCCGGAUCGAACACUUUCUGUUCCAAGUGUAUUCGAAAUCAACAUCUAUUCAGAUCGUCGCUCGCCGCAUACUUUCCUCCAUCUGACGAUCCUACCGAUGCUGAAUACGAGCGUGGCUACGCGCAAUUCAAGAAAGGUCUCGAGGAAAGAUAUCCACAGGUCUGCGAAUCAUGUGGACCUCGGGUACUGGAAGAAAUUCGCAAGAAGGGCUACGAAGCAAAAUCUGACCAUCUUCGUCGGAUGAUGGACCGCAGCAGAGCGAGUAAAACCCUUCGGCAGGCCAGAGCCCGAAGUUGGCAAAGCCUGCUCGUGUAUGCAGGCGCUUUCGGAUACUGGACCAGCAUCUUCGGGCAGCUUACGUGGGAUCUGACAAACGUUCUGACCCGACAGACAGUAGGGGAAGAUUCAAAUCUCAGUCCGCAAAUCUCUGCUUCGCUAUCGUCUUGCUUGGUUCAAACAAUGCAAUUUGGCCAUAUCCCCGAAAGAUGUUCUGUUGACUUCGCUCCCCAUGCUGGAUUCGCCCUCAUCGUAGGUCUGAUGUCGAUCUGGUGGAAUCCGAAGCUGAGAAUGAGGAUCGAGGGUCGCACUGGUAGGUUCUCCGGAUUCGCAGAGUACUACCACGUGCAGCUCAUAACGCUCGUGGCUCGUUGCUUGUUUUGGGAAAUUUUGAAAGAUCCAUCGGCGAGCGCCCUGAGCAAGCAACUGCCCCCAGCCCUUCAUUCCUUUAUGAUUAUUUUCACUUUGCUCUCGGUCAUCGUGUCUCGUCGGGUUGUCAAGUUCAAUACGCAGCCUUUGGUUGACUGGUCCGAUAACUCCUGGGAACAGCCCUUGCGGAGUGGUGGAACGUCGCCGAGAAUGAAACCAAGCAGCGACCCUGUCACCGCCCCUAGAACAGGUAGCGAAUCUAUGAGCUACAGAUUUCCUGUAGACAAGCUCGCUCCUGUCACUUCUCCAUCCCGUGAACCAACGACGUUUCCAACACCACCUCCGGGGGCUGACGAAAUGGAGUGGACGCCCUCUGUCGCCAAGCCUGUGCUCCAGCCCAGAAUUCACGCCCACCAAGUACAGAAUAUCUCCCCUGUGAAGGAGCCUUCGCCGUUCAGAGGCAGCUUGCCCCCUGCCCCCAGGCCGCCGGCAUGGAACCUCCGUACACAGUCGUCUACGAAGCCCAUUGAACAAGUUGUUCAACACAAUAUUUUCCAACAAGCACCCCCUCGACCUGGUGUCCAGUGGCGGUCAAAAGACAGUGGCCCUGAGACAGUAUUCAGGCCCCCCUCAUUUUUCCCAAAAAGCGAUUUGAAUACCGCUACGGGGCUUGAAUCUCUCUUUGAGCGCGCUUUCAACAUGGACCGUGAAGCCCCGGAAAUAACCUGGGCAGAGCAGAACACAAAUGCAAGGGCUGGGGCUUCCCUGCCUAAAACCUGGGGGUUCAAGUAUCUUAGACUUGCACUGCUUUUAGGCUCACUCUUCGCUUGGAUGCUUUCUCAGAAUCAUCUGCUCUCGAUCCCGGGUAAUUACAUCGAGGCGGGCGCCCUCGGAAAUGCCAGUUUGAUUGCGGGCUUCGCCCUUCUCGAGGCAGUAAAGUCUCCGCUGAUCAACUGGGAUGGUAUGGAGAUCCUCGUCUACAUUACGGAGCUUGCAGCAGCUGUCCACCUCGGAGCUCAUCUGCCUCGAGCUUCCUUUGAGCGGGAAUAUUUUGAUAGGUACGGGAAAUUGCUUCUCGCAUUUAUGGCUUUGCAAGAAGGAUUUGGCAUGAUCGGGCCUUACAAGAGACUCUUGACCUCUUCGAGUCCUGUGGUAGCCCAGGCCCAAACUUGUGCAGCAGGCGACUCAUGUCCAAGCCAACCUGCAUCCCCACAGCUGUCUCUACCGGCUUUGAGUGCAACCCCCUGGUCUCCUACUCAAUCUUCAUUCAACAAUUCACCUCCGGCUCCAUCAGUUGCUGGGAACUCCGAAGCUCCAUCGCUUUCAUUUUCAUCGACUACCGAUGGCUCUAGCUUCUCUUCGGCGCUGUCCUCCGUCUUGCCACCUACUCAGCGCUACCGGAUUCUGUCCUCUCAAAGCUACAAUACGUUCCCGGCGCCGACGUCGCAAAAGAAUCCGCAUAGCUUUACGAUGAGUGACUUACAAGAAAAUGAUCCUCCCUCCGACUACGAUCGAGACUCAGACACAGAGACCGUGGCUACAACAGCCACGACUCUGACAGAUGCCACGGCACGGAACAUUCGGUACGGUCGGUUCUCCGAAUCUGACUUUGGCUCUGCUUUCUCCCCUCGCCGAAGUGAGCUUGGCCCAGGAAUCAGUGGGCUCAGCCUGGAGGACGGACCUGCUCCUCGGCGUGUUACACGGAGUCAAACAAAGCAAGGCCUCGCGGGGCGUAAGUUCCUUGGUCGCACGCUUCGCUGA